AGAUUAACCUGAGGAUAUCAAACUGCCGAUUGCAUUUUGUGUUAAAUAAUUAUUAUUGAAUAUACAAAACAUUAAUAUUAACAAAAAUGGUUGAAGCACAGAAGUACAGACUCGAGCAGGAGAUGACAAAUCUCGUCAAUGAAUUAGAUAGAAGUUAUUUAAGAAAAAUGCAAGGUGAUAUGCACAGAUGUGCAUCGAAGUGUUGUGAUGAUCAGCAGUCUUCGUUAGAGAGAGUGCACGGCUGUAUAGAGAACUGUACUACACCACUUAACCAAGCUAAUAAUUAUGUUCAGAAAGAAAUCAACCACCUCCAAAACAGACUACAGCGCUGUGUCAUGGACUGUAACGACUCAGCAAGAGACAGGCUGGGCCCCGAUCCCAGCCAAGAAAAAAUCGACAAAUGUACGAUAGAUUUUGAGCAAUGUGCAGUGAAAUGCGUGGACAAGCACAUAGGUUUGAUUCCCGGCAUGAUGAAAUCGAUGAAAAAGGUGCUGGCGAGCGGCAAACCACCUCCAGCGAGCAGUGAAUGAAAUUCAAAUUUCGAACAUUAUAGAUUGUAAUUGAACUUAAGAUAUCAAGAAUAUACUAAUGUGUCAUAAAAUGGUGUUAGAACUAAUAGUAAAAAAAAAAAACAAAUUUCAAAAAGCCACUUUCGUUAAAAUUUAUUAUUUACGUUUAGUUGCAUUUAUAAAACCAAGUUGAACAUAUUAUGCAACGUAAGCGAGAGUUCUCAGUUCAACUAAAAAAUCGAUCAGCAUUUAUUUUCAAUUAUUUUAAACUUAUUACUAUGAAAUGUUUUUUUACUCUAUUCAAAGGAUUUAAAAAAAAUAAUAAUAAUAUUGUGGUAGGAUUAUUAACUUCAGAAUUAUUUUCCGCCUCCGUGUGAAAAUAAUUAAUUUUGUUUUACCACUGUGACUUUAUAGAGGUACUUUGCAAAAAGGCAUCGUAUACUGUUGCCAGUGAACAAAAAUAUUUUCCAGUUAACGAGUUAUUUUGAAAUAAGGGUCUUCCCGCGAAUGAGCCUUACAUUUAAUUACUCGUUAUAAAAAAAAUCUUCACAUUUAAUCACAAUACAAAUACUUAAAUGUAUAUUAUUUUUAUCUAUAAAAUAUGAAUACUUCUACUGGUAGUGAUUAAAUUAAUUUACUUUACACUUAUAAAUUAUGUCAAACUAUAAUGCAGAUAAUAUACGUGAUACUAGAUAAUGAAUACCACAGAUUAUUAAAGAUCUCGAUCUAUUAUAUCGCGUCGAUUUGAUGUCGAAGUUGGUUAUUUGUCUUUAAUCUUGCGUUGCAAUAGGUUAUAACUAAGUUUGACAUUUUGACAACAUGUGAGACGCCAUUUGUCAAUACGUCAAUUUAACUCUACAAAAAGUUAAAAGGAGGUUGGAAAUUCAAUCCUUAACAAAAGCCGAUACUAACAAUAUGUAAACGAAAGAUAUAAAUAUGCGUAAACAUAACAUUUUAAAUUUACUUACGCUUUGUAUAUUUUUUAAAUAACGUAAAAAUUCCCGUACAAUGAUAACACAGUAACCUCACUGUUCUAAAUAAUUAUCGCUUAUGUGUUGUAUGUAUCUAAAACAUAAAUUAUAAGGCCUUUUUAAUUCAGUAACUCGUUUUAGUACUGUAAACUAAGUGUAUUGAUCACGGACUAUGGCGUAGUCGAAAUAUUUUGUUCGUCAAUCUUCAACCGACGAGAUAUUUUGCUCGGGGCAGACACAAACCAACUCUAUAUAACUUAGAUAUUGUUAUAGAAUCGUUCGUCAACAAGAUAUUUAUGGUUAUUUUGUAACAUAGUUUAUAAGAAAUUUGUUGGGAUAUUAGAGUUUGUACAGCGUAGUUAUUAGUUUAGUUUGUUCUGAAUAA